UCACUUCCUGUCUUCCUGUGCGCCAUGUUUUCCAGAAAGAGCGGACUGGUGUUGCACUAAAGGUGGAAACAAAAAAAGCGUGAAAUAUAAACUAGGCCAGAUGUUUUUUUUACACAAACCACAAAACGCGAGUAGAAACGUGAUUGUGCGGACGGCGUAGUUUUAUAAACAUCAUCACACUGCGCGCCUCGCGGUGACGCCGGAAGACAACACACGCAGCCGAAAAGCAUCCAAACUCGACCGCCUUCCUCCUGAGCGGACACUGAAGUGACAACAACAACAAAAACAACAACAUGUAUCAAGUACCAGUGAACGAUUUGGCAAGGCUCAGAAGAUCCCGGAAAAAAGUGAAGAGUAUUCUGUGUGACAUCGCGCUGCAGAAUUGUCAGGACUUAAUAGAGGAAUACAGACCUUUUGAUGCCGGCGAGGCAAGUUUCAACAACACGGAAUGGAGCGAUUUCACCGAUGGUCAUGUUGGCAAGAGGAGAAAAAAGUGGAAAUAUCGGACAGAAUCACUAUGCUGCAGCCUGUGUUGUUUUUCCACGCGGUCUUUUUACACCUUCAGAAGUCACGCACUGCGGUUUCAUAGGGAGGAGCUUGACCUCGCAUCACUCUUAACCUGCCCCAGCUGCUCUUUUGUCAGCCGCCCAGAAACCAUCAAUCAGCACCUCAAGUAUUUUCACCCCAAGCCUACAAAAAUAUCCACACCCACCUUCUCCAUUAUUCAGCCACCCAAGACGGCGACGCUCACAGCCUCUGCCAACCUGUUGGAUGAUAGGUACAUGUGUGUGAACUGUGGCUAUGCUGACUCUUUGCUUUAUGUGAUGAAAAAACAUGUUUUGGUGAACCACUAUGCCACAUUGUUGAACCGUUACUUUGGACACAGGUUGGAAAGUGGCCAAAACACGGACAGUCAAAACAAAAGUGCCAGAGUUUUGAAUUCCAAGUAUUAUUGCAAGGAGUGCAAACUGCCAGCAGAGACCAUAGAACAUCUCCUGUAUCACAUUUUGAGCUCGGACAGGCAUAAGGAUCUCCACUGGCAUAUUAUGCCAUUUAUCAGCGAAAAGACUCAAAAUGCUGGGCAGGCAAACCUGAUGAAUCUUGCGUCAAAUUUAAACCAGGUUAAGCAAAAGAAAGGACAUUCAGUAGCUAAAUCUAAUGGCACGAUGCUCAUGGCAGGGCCAACCAACACAUCGGGUCUUCUGUGCUCUGCUGGAGGGCGGCAGGUCUUCCUCUCCUCCCAGAAUCCAGCUUUACUACCACAGCAGGCCUCUAGUGGGAUUCAUCAAGGUUUGACUACCAUGUCUUCCUCUUCACUUGUUAAAUCUAUGAAUAUGGUGAUGCCAAAUAUCCAGAAUGCUUCUAAACAGGUUCCCGUGUCCAUGACGGCGCCUAGGCUUUCACAAUCUCAGUCAGCCCAACAGGUGCUUCUGCCACCAGCAGUUCAUGUCAACCUUCCCGGCAAAACUGGCGUGCGUCCACCUAUGCUUUUUACUCACAGGCUACAACUAAACCAGUCUGCUCCCAGACAGCCCAUCGUCGCCUCUCAGUCUGUCCGUCUCAUUCCCACAGGCAACAAAGUCAACGGUGUUCCAACGUACACUUUAGCUCCUGUUCAAGUAAGCGCGGUACCUGGCCAGCCUGGCGCUAGUCAGAUGGUCAGCCGUACACCGGUAGUUGUGACAACAAAUGGACCUCAGUCCUCAGUAAGCACUCAAUCAAAGGCUGCAGUACAGCCUGCUAAGCCAGCACCUGCAGGCCUAAAAGAGGCAGCACGUAAAAAGAAUCGACCAAACAAACUGGCUGUUUUUGCACCGUUCUUAAAGAAACAGAACGACGAUACUGUAAAAUGCCUCCGUUGCAAAGUUUUGUUGACUGAGCAGUGGAUCUUUCAGCAUUUGUUGCACGGAUUGAGGUGUCUGUUUUGCCCUCUGAUGUUCUACUCCUUCAAGCAGAUCAUGGAGCACUCAAACAAAGAACAUAGCUUAAAAAUAAAGAAAAACCGAGACUUAAUCAAAGGAGAGUACAAACUUGACUGUGAUGACGAAGGCAAUAUUGAAUUUUCCACCUUCAGCUUGAAUACGGAUGUGCCCAAAGACUUGCUUGAUAACCGAGAGCUCAACCUUGUGCUGGUCACUAGUGCUCAAGAGAAAAUCUAUAUAAAGAUGUACCCAGACUCUGCGAAGGCUGUAUACCCACCUACACUGAAAACCAUACCUACGGUAUGUCCGUUCUGCCAGGUGAAGCUGCAGAGUUUGGAGGACUAUGAGCAACAUUUAAAAACAAUACACCACAUUGUGCCCACCAUCCAUGCCAUAUUGAAAUCUCCUGCUUUCAAGUGCAUCUACUGCUUCGGGGUGUAUUCUGAAAAGUCGACCCCAAAAACCAUUUCUAUUCAUGUGCAGCGCUGCCGGUGCGCUCCCAAGAGCGUCAAGGAAGCAGAGAAGCGGCUGAAUCCGGACACGACAGCACACGCCAAUGGUGAUAUGGUCAACUCCGUUCACCAAUGUUUCCAGCCGCACAUCAUACUGAAUGCAGAGGUGAAACAAACUGCCAAAGAAAAGAGGGAGUUGGCUGCUGAGAAAUACGCCAACAGAAGCUUCCGACCUUGCAAGAACGACACUUGUGCCCCAGCCGAGCUUGUCAUGGACCCUUCGGGAAUGGAGAUGCAAUCUUUUGAGGACAGGAAAGAAUUCCUGACAAAGUACUUUCACAAUAAGCCGUACCCAUCGAAAAUGGAGAUGCUAACUCUCGCUGCCCGCCUGUGGUUGAACAAGACGGACGUAUUUCAUCACUUCGGUAUGAAACGGAGCAGGUGCAUGAAAACAAUCCAGAGGAGGAAAACUGUAGUACUACUGGGUUUCAACAUGUGUGAGGUGAAUAAAGUGAAACAUAACCUUCUUAUUCCAGAGGUGGAACCUACUAUCUGAAGAAACCUUAUUUAUAUAAGCAUGCUUAUGUUAGAAUUCGCGUUCAUUUAAAGUCCGAUGAUCAGACGUGUCCGGCUGUUCUGGAGGGCUAUAUUAUAGAGCUUGCCCUUCUCUGUAUAGGUCACAAACAGUUUGACUUAACUUGAAAUGUUUGAAACUGAAUAAAUUAAAGUUUGGGCAGCACUAAACUGCAGUGAUUUGGCCAAUUAGAGUUGGAAUUACAUCCUUAAAUUCCAUGUUGAAGAUGUAAUUCUUGGGUUUGUGUAAAGAGUGUGUGUAAAUAAUGACAGAUAUAUUAACGUUUGGGUACUGUUUAUGAUAUUCCUUAAGCCAGUUUGUAAGUUGGCGACUCUAAUGUUAGAAUUAUUUUUUACACAGCUAUUCUGUAUAUGCUCCCGUGUGUAUGGACCCCUGUACACUCUUAUGUAAAAGUUCUUUCUGAUACCUGUAGUAUGCAUUUUGUUCAGCUGCAAUGCAUUGCUUCUAUAUAAAAUUAUAUACGCUCAGCUUCCACUUUAAUAGGAACACCCGUACACAUGCUUGUUUAUGCAGUCAUCCAACAAGCCAGUCAUGUGGCUGCGGUGUAGUGCGUAAAAUCAUCCAGAUAAAGGCCAAGAGCUUCGGUUAACUUCAGGCGUUCCUAAUAAAGUGGACUGUGAGUGUAGCUUUACCACUAGUACCCUUUGAGACGUCCAGUGUAUUGUUUGACAAAAUUGUUUUUUCAUUGUUGAGUGUACUAAUAGGCAAUGUCUGCCUUUUAAAAACCAUUAAUAUUCUAUUAAAAAGACUAUUUGGGC